AUGUUGGAUUCGGCAGCAGAGUUUGAGGCGCGAGCCACUGAAGUUGGAAUCUUGGACGCCGAGCUGACAAAGCUGAAAGCGAUGCGCUUCCACACCUUUGGGAGGCUGGCCUUUGCCAGCAAGUAUGUUCCUGGGCAGUCUGAUGAUGGCCCAUUAAAAGUCUUGGCAAGCAAGAUCACUGGCGAGGACCCUGCGCCUGAUGACCGUUUGCCGGUCAUCAGGCGCUUGGUGUUCGAAGCUUGCACCCUGGCGGCUGCGGACAUGCGCACGCGGCUCGAGCGCAAGGAUGGUGAUGCGCCUCGGUGCUUGGCGCACGCCGAGCGGACCUCCCGCUACACCGAGCAGUGCAAGCGGCUGAAAGGCUUGGAGUUGCCGGGGGAGCUAGAACCCUCCCACCGCCUCAUAGAUAUUGUCUUUCAAAUGGCUGAGGAGGGGCAGCUCCGCUACGUGCGCUGGGAGGAAUGCACCAAGCGCGACCAGGAACUGAUGGGCCUGAAGAGCGAUCCUGUGUGGAAACCAGACGCCAGCGGCGUUAUCAAGGAGACCAAGGUGGCAGAGGUUCUCAAAGCUGAUUACAACACGGACCUCAAGCUGAAGUUCGCAUUGCAGCGGAGGAGUUUGGCGUUUGACCAAGCGCGAUUGGUUGACUAUGAGGAGUUUGAGAAGUGGAGCCAGGUCCUUCUGGAGGCAUGCACUUCACCACCGCCGGAGGGCUACAACAAGCCUAACAUUGAGCAGGUCCACCGUGCUGAUUUGGAAUUGUUCAAGUUCAUGAUGCGCGAGACCAGAUCCGGCAUCAAGGCUGUGAAUGGAGUUCAGCCCCUGGAUAAGGCCUUGAAGACAGCGCUUCAAGCUCCGGCUGUUCGCCUAUGUCUCCAGCCUUUACAGGGCAAGAGGCGCAAUGACAGCCACGAGGAUGAGCCCGACAAGAAGAAGCCCAAGGACCAGGGUGAUGGUGACAGACUGAAAAGAACCAUUGAGAACUUGCAAGGCCAGAUUCGCAACCUCAAGGCACAGAGUUCCAACCAAGUGCCCGCAAAGAAGGGUCGAGGCAAGGGCAAGGGGAAGAUUAACUUUAUCCGUCUUCCGCCCAGCUUGAUUGGUCUUUCUCCCACAACCCCUUCUGGCGAACCGUGCUGCUAUGACUUCAACUUGCCAAAGGGCUGCAAGGCAGCACGGCCGUGGGAGCGAUGUGAGAAGGGGUUCAGCACCCAACGUCACCGUGACCUUUGCUCCUGGAGCACGCUGAGAACGAGCCUUUUGAUCAGGAUCCUGCAGCAUGUGCCGCGCAGAGGCGCGCCGCGCUCGCAGCCGUUGCGGUCUGCCAAGUAUCCGCAUGGCCUUCCGAACCUCACGAAUGUGCAGCUACAGCAUCUGGGCCUGCUGGCAUUGAGGUACUCGCUCACCCAGCCCAGCUCUGCUGCCAGGCUGGCGCUUGGCCUCCUUGACUGA